AUGGUGAGUGGAAGAAGCGAGGCCAUUUUAGUCGUUACGGCGGUCUUUCUGGGCAUAUCGCAAGUAACGGCUCUUCUGCGAAUUUACGUUCGACUUCGCAUUGUGCAGUCUUUUGGAGCCGAUGAUUGGAUUAUGCUGGUUGCAAUGGUGAGUUGUACUCGGAAUUUGGAUUCUCGCGGAUCAAACGACACUGAUACACCGUGGAUUUUCAACUUUGGAUUCGGAGUCUGUGGUAUCCUGGGGGCUGUGUAUGGCAUGGGACAGAAGAUGGUCCACUUCGCCGAUCGUCCGGACCACUAUCGAUGGGCAAUGCUGUGUUUCUUUUUCGGACAAGUGUUCUACGUCGUUACCUGCGUCCUCGCAAGACUUUCUAUCGCACUCUCUCUGCUCCGCCUUACCGUCGAACGGAUUCACUCAUUCAUGCUGUAUAGCGCCACAGCUCUGUCUAUCGUUGCCGGUCUCAUAUUUUUCUUUUUCACGGUAUUCCAGUGCCAACCGGUACACUACUACUGGAACCACAUGGAUUCCCCAGGGAAAUGCCUGGAUAUGGAUCUUCUCCUGGGAGUAGUAUAUAUGUACAGUGUAGUUGCAACGAUCUGCGAUUUCACGAUCGGUCUUCUACCGGCAUUCAUGGUUUGGCAGUUGAAGAUGCAUCGACGGACUAAGGCUGCGGUAGCUAGUUUAUUAGGCAUUGGAUGCGUGGCAAGCUCAGCCGUGAUCGUGCGCAUGCCAUUUCUCCAUUUUUCGAAGGAUCACGAGUUCCUCUACCAGACCACGCAAAUCGCAAUCUGGUCCCACGUGGAAGCCAGUCUCGGUCUGACGGCCGCAAGCCUGAUGACCAUCCGACCUCUCCUUCGUGCCCUUCGCGCGUUGUCACCGGAGUCAAGUGGCCAGGAAAAUGGCGAGAGCGAUGAGCGCCAAAUAACACGCCCCUGUUUGACCCGGCCAUCUAUGCCUGGUAGAAGAGCGACUCUAGGAUCUUUACAAAUGACAAUUGCCUCGUAUCAACAAUCUUAUAUCUAA